UCAACGCUUACUAGCGCGCACGACACCACACAACUGCACACAACAGGAGUAAAUGUGUCUUAACCUCAAUCUCUACUCGGCGUAAAUUCCUUCUCUCAUAAUCAGUCCUAACUUUAUACAAGCAAAUAUAGACAUAAUCAAGAAAUACAUUGUGCGAUAAAUUAAAUUGUUAAUGUUAAUUUAAGUUUUCGUAUGAAACAGAAUUGAAACUGACUAGAAGUGAAAUCAACAUGUUGACGAAUAUGAAUGACUCUCGUGAACAGCAAUUGGAGGAACUGAAGAGUUUUAUCGAUACGGUUAAUGAAGAAGUCGCCAACAUCGUUAGCACCUUAGGCUGGACAGAGGAAAGCGUGAAAAAUGUGAAUAAAGAGUACUUCAAGUGUCCAUACGAUUCAUCCCACUGGUUAACAGAAGCCUGUUUCAAUGACCAUCUUGCAUCCUGUCAAUUGAAAGCUGAAGGUUACGGGAAGCUAGAUGUCUGGUUAUCGGAGCCAACUUUACCAACAGAUUCACCGUUCUGUAUAAAGUUUGAUAAGCAACUGCAAGCACAAGUUUUCAGGGUGGCCAAAGAACAAAAUCCAGCGAUGCAAAUUGGUAUGGGUGAGCGGUUAGUACCGCGUACAUCUGAUAGAGUUGUCUCAGAUUUCACUAGUGACGAGAGAAAAGCAUUGUAUGAUUACGUCAUUACUAAUACCGCAAAGCCAAACAUUGGAGAGGACAUUACAAACAUUAAUAAUUUGGAACCACAACAAAAAGAAGAUAAAGAAUUGUCAUUUUUGGAAAUGUUAAUACAAGAACGCAAUUUAAAAAGACGUAGAGCAAAGCAUAAAGGGGUUCAUACAAAUAAACGAUCUCAUACUGAAAUUCUUAGAGAAGUAAUUAAUCAACAAAUGGAGAUGUAUGUAGAUUAUGUUUCUGGACAAAGAGAAUAUUCAGAAGAAAAAAGUCAUCAUCGAUCGAGAGAUCAAGAAAGACAAGAGAGUAAUUCUGGAUAUGUAAUAGAUAUUCAGAGUAACGAAACGAAUAAUUUAAGUUAUGAUGAAAAACAUGACAGAACAGAACGUUCAAAUAAAAUAUUUCAUACUUCUUCCCGAAACUAUGAUGAUUAUUCUGGAGAAAGAAACUUUUAUCACCACGAGAAGAAAAGAAAUAAUCAAAGAAGAGAGCAUUCAGAAGAAAGAACCUAUCAUCGAUCAAGAGAUCAAGACAGGCAGGAAAGAUAUUUGGAUGAAAUAGGAAAAAAACAUAGACAUGAACAUAGAAAGUCAUCGCAUUCGAGAGAGCGAAAAUCACAUAGAAAAGACAAACAUCGAAGCAAAACCAAACACAAAGAGUGAUGUACUUGUCGCGAUCUGGUCUCAUAUGCUCGUGAUAUACACCUAAGGAAUGCAACACUUCGUGCAAUGCGUGUCCAGGUCCAAAAAAGCACACGUCCACGUUUAGAUUUAGAAUAGUAGGUCCAUUCGGAUUACGUCCUAAAUCGGAGAAACAACCCCUUUGGUGACCCGUGAUAUUGACCCAAUUAUUUGCUGGGAGUCUCAUAUAUUCGUGAAUGCGCACGAACUUAAUACAUGUCUUCGACAUUAUAGUACGUAAUGCAUCUUCUAGUAUAAUUAAUUUCGUCGGUUCAUUAACUGGAGCGAAUAAAUAAAUCAUAUUUUAAUCAAUAUAUUUAGGUCUGAUAAGCAAUUCUUAUAAAUAUAUUUGAUUUUGAAAGAAAAUGUUUCAUAAGCUUGGUUUUACAAGUUUAAUUGUAUAGUCACUGUUUCAAUUUAGAAUUGCAGAAAUGUCUUACCUAUAGACGAAUGUACAUAGUAAUUCACGAUACCAUUGGGCCACAGUAAAGUUUUAUACGUUGUAAUGGUUUUUCUCGAUUUCAAUGGCCGAUGUAUAUCCCCUUCUCGUUUUGUACCUUCUUCAGGAUUAUCGUAUUGAGACCAUGAAUCAACUGUAAAUAUAAAUAUUAUAUUUCUAAAA